CCGCGCCCGAGCUAGCCAGAGAGCGAGCGGAGCCAGAGCGCUGCGGACCCACAAAGCGGCCGGACGCGCGGCGGCGGGCGGCAGGAGCGCAGGGGAGAGAGCGGCCCUUCAGCCUUCCCCGCGACCGCGCCACAGGAGCUCGAGCAACUCGGACGCGGGGACCGGGGCCGGCCCCCAAGAUGCCAGCGAUCGCGGUGCUCGCGGCGGCCGCCGCGGCGUGGUGCUUCCUCCAGGUGGAGAGCCGACACCUGGAUGCGCUCGCCGGAGGCGCGGGCCCCAACAAUGACCAGUGGCUGAGCACCGUCUCCCAGUACGACCGGGACAAGUACUGGAACCGCUUUCGAGACGAAGUUGAGGAUGAUUAUUUCAGAAACUGGAACCCCAACAAGCCCUUUGACCAAGCCCUGGACCCGUCCAAAGACCCCUGCCUGAAGGUGAAGUGCAGCCCUCACAAGGUGUGCGUGACCCAGGACUACCAGACCGCUCUGUGUGUCAGCCGCAAGCACCUGCUCCCCAGGCAAAAGAAGGGGAACGUGGCCCACAAACCCUGGGUUGGACCUUCGAAUCUGGUCAAGUGCAAGCCCUGUCCCAUGGCACACUCAGCCAUGGUCUGCGGCUCCGAUGGCCACACCUAUACAUCCAAGUGCAAGAUGGAGUUCCAUGCUUGUUCUACUGGCAAAAGCCUCACCACCCUCUGCGACGGGCCCUGUCCGUGUCUCCCAGAGCCCGAGCCCCCGAAGCACAAGGCAGAAAAGAAUGCCUGCACGGACAAGGAGCUGAGGAACCUGGCUUCCCGGCUGAAAGACUGGUUUGGAGCCCUUCACGAGGAUGCAAACAGGGUCAUCAAGCCCACCAGCUCUGACACAGCCCAAGGCAGGUUUGACACCAGCAUCCUGCCCAUCUGCAAGGACUCCCUGGGCUGGAUGUUCAACAAGCUGGACAUGAACUAUGACCUCCUGCUUGACCACUCGGAGAUCAACGCCAUCUACCUGGAUAAGUACGAGCCCUGUAUCAAGCCUCUCUUCAACUCCUGCGACUCCUUCAAGGAUGGCAAGCUCUCGAACAACGAGUGGUGCUACUGCUUCCAGAAGCCCGGAGGUAAGGGAGCGGGGAGGUGGGGUCCAGGGCGGCCAUUGCAGGGCAGGACCACAUGCCACAUAUUGGGAAGGCAGAUGGAGAUCAGCAGGCAGAAGGACACAGCUAGAAAAUAAAGCAUUCAUCCCAUUUAGUGGCAGGCCCAAUGGC